AUGCCACAGCGCCACAGUCAGCUGGCGUGCCCACCAGGGUCUUGUGACAUAACUCAGUUUCAGUGCAGAAGUGGACACUGCAUCGCUUUACAGUGGAGAUGUGAUGGAGAUGAUGACUGUACUGAUGGGAGUGAUGAAAGUUUAUGUGCUAAGACUACUUGCGGACCAUCUGACUUUGUGUGCCACAAUGGAAAAUGCCUCCCUCUUAAGUGGGUGUGUGAUGGUACAUCGGACUGUGAAGAUGGAUCUGAUGAAAGUCUGCAAGUGUGUCACAGUAAAACUUGUCCAGCCAAUGAAAUGAGCUGUGGCCCAAGAUCUCUUCAUUGUAUUCCCAUUUUGUGGAAAUGUGAUGGAAGAAAGGACUGUGAUGAUGGCAGUGAUGAGAUUAAUUGUGGUCAGAUAACUUGCAGUCCCCUGGAGUUCACGUGCUCCAGUGGCCGGUGUGUUUCCAAGACCUUUGUCUGCAAUGGGGAGGACGACUGUGGUGAUGGAAGUGAUGAACAAACCUGUCAUUCAUCUUCCUGUGGUCCACAUGAGUUUCAGUGCAAGAAUUCUGAGUGUAUCCCCUUGAGCUGGGUGUGUGAUAACAAUGCCGACUGCAUGGACGAGUCUGAUGAAACUGCAACAAGUUGUGGGCAUACGCUGCCACCUCUCGUGGACUGUUCUUUUAAUGAGAUCCAGUGUGGUUCAGGCGAAUGUAUCCAUCGCCAGUGGUACUGCGAUGGAGAUGUGGACUGCAAAGAUGGAAGCGAUGAGAAACACUGUCCUCAGACGUGUGGACCUGGUCACUUCAGGUGUAGUGAUGGUAGCUGUAUUCCUGAAAACAAGAAGUGCAAUGGAUAUCAGGACUGCAGUGACGGCAGUGAUGAGAACUGCAACAAUGGCAUAGAAUGUACAGGACCAACUGACUUCAAAUGUCAAAGUGGAGAAUGUAUACACUUUACCAAAGUGUGUAACCACCAUCAGGACUGCAAAGAUGGGAGUGAUGAGCCCCUCAAAACCUGCGAUGUCAAUGAAUGUUUGAUGAGCAAUGGCGGCUGCUCUCAUACCUGCCUCAAUCUUAUCAUUGGACACAAGUGUGACUGCCCUGUUGGCUUUGAGUUGGUUGAUGGGAAAACUUGUGGUGAUAUUGAUGAGUGCCAACAACCUGGAACCUGCAGUCAAAUUUGCAUCAACGUAAAGGGAAGUUAUAAAUGUGAAUGUCGUGAGGGAUAUCACAUGGAUCCAGCUCAUGGGGAUUGCAAGGCAGUAGGGAAAGAAGCGCAUUUGAUCUUCACUAAUCGCCAUGACAUCAGGAAAAUAGGACUACUCCACAAAGAGUACACCCAGGUAGCUGUCCAGCUGAGAAAUGCUGUGGCAGUAGAUGCUGACAUUGUUGCACAGAGAAUCUUUUGGGCUGACUUGGGAGAGCGGGCAAUAUUCAGUCUGUCCAUGGAUAAAUGGGACGGUAUCUCCAAAAUUGUUGAUGUCCAAACACCUGUGGGAAUUGCUGUGGACUGGGUCUACAAGCACAUCUACUGGACCGAUCAGAGCGCUAAAACAAUAUCUGUGGCUACCUUUGAUGGAACUAAAAGGACGACUCUUUUUGACACUGAACUAAGGGAACCAGCUUCUGUAGCAGUUGAUCCACUACUUGGCUUCAUUUACUGGUCAGACUUUGGUGAACCAGCAAAGAUUGAGAAAGCUGGAAUGAAUGGUGUUAAUCGCCAUGUUCUAGUUACCACAGACAUCCAGCGGCCAAAUGGAAUAGCACUUGAUCUUGUGAAUGGUCGUCUCUAUUGGGUUGACUCAAAGCUGCACACGCUGUCCAGCAUAGAGCUAAAUGGGUACAAUCGCAGAACUCUGCUUCAGUCACACGAGUUCCUUGCUCACCCUUACGGAGUUGCAAUAUUUGAGGAUCACAUUUUCUGGACUGAUGGACAGAAUAAAGCCAUCUACAGUACCAAUAAAUUCACAGGAAAUCUAAGGUCUUUAGCCUCCAAACUUGAGGAGCCUCAGGACCUUAUUGUUUAUCAUGAGCUAAUACAGCCAUCUGGCAGAAACUGGUGCAAUGACUCCCUGGAGAAUGGAGGCUGUGAAUACCUAUGCCUCCCUGCUCCUCAGAUCAAUAUUCACACCCUCAAGUACACCUGUGCUUGUCCCCCUGGAGUGCAGUUGGAGCAUGGAAAACAAUGCAGAAAAGAUGACCAAACUGGAACCUGCGGUCUCAAUAAAUUUGCCUGUGGCCUCGGAUCUCUUCAGUGUAUUCCAAACUCUUGGAGGUGUGAUGGAGAAAAAGAUUGUGAUAAUGGUGGUGAUGAGGUGAACUGUGCACCACUUACUUGCAGUCCACUGGAGUUCACAUGCUCCAGUGGCCGAUGUGUUUCCAAGAACUUUGUCUGCAAUGGAGAGGAUGACUGUGGUGACGGAAGUGAUGAACAUGGGUGUCAUCCACCUAUCUGUGGACCUCAUGAGUUUCAGUGUAAUAAUUCUGAGUGUAUCCCAAUGAAUUGGCUGUGUGAUGACAACAAUGACUGUUCUGACCAAUCUGAUGAAUCUGAAGAGAAUUGUGGGGAGCCUUUUGUACUUGUUACGUGCACACCUGGGGAGAUCCAGUGUAUUUCGGGACAAUGUAUUCAUGAACAGUGGUACUGUGAUGGAGACGCAGACUGCAAAGAUGGAAGCGAUGAGACUGACUGUCUUCCUAGAACGUGUGGCCCAGAUCACUUCAGAUGUACCGAUGGGAGCUGUAUCCAGGAAAUCAGGAAAUGCAAUGGCUUUAUGGACUGCAGUGAUGGUGGUGAUGAGACUGAAUGCAAGAUGGGUGAGUAUUGCACAGGGCCAACUGACUUCAAAUGUCAAAGUGGAGAAUGUAUAGACAUCACUCUAGUGUGUAACAGCCAUCAGGACUGCAGGGAUUCAAGUGAUGAACCAUUGAAAGAAUGUAACAUCAACGAAUGCCUGGUGUAUAAUGGUGGAUGUUCUCACAUCUGCAAGAAUCUUGUGAUUGGCUACAAAUGUGACUGUCCUGCUGGCUUUGAGCUGGCUGGGAGGAAAACGUGUAAAGAUAUUGAUGAGUGCCAAAAUACUGAGACAUGCAGUCAAAUUUGCAUCAAUUCAAAAGGAAGCUAUAAAUGUGAAUGUCGCACAGGAUACAUUAUGGAUUCAGCCAAUGGUCACUGCAAAGCAGUAGGUAAAGAGCCAUACUUAAUGUUCACUGAUCACCAUGAUCUCAGAAAGCUAGGACUCCACCACAAAGAGUACACCCAGGUUGUUGUACAGUUGAGAAAUGCAGUGGCACUGGAUGCUGACAUUGCAGCACAGAAGAUCUUCUGGAUUGACCUGGGACAGCAAGGAAUCUUCUGUGCAUCCAUGGAUCAACACGGCGAGUCAGCUGGUAUCUACAGAGUUGUCCAAAAUACCCAAAUGCCUGUGGGAAUUGCUGUGGACUGGAUCUACAAGCACAUCUACUGGACUGAUCGUAGAGCUAAAACAAUAUCUGUGGCUACCUUUGAUGGUACCAAAACAAAGAUUCUUUUUGACACUGACCUAAGGGAACCAGCUUCUGUAGCUGUUGAUCCUCUAUCGGGAUUCAUUUACUGGUCAGACUGGGGUGAACCUGCAAAGAUUGAAAAAGCAGGAAUGAAUGGUGUUGCCCGCAGACUCCUAGUUACCAGAGAAAUUCAGAGGCCAAAUGGCAUUACACUUGAUCUUGUGAAAAAUCGUCUUUAUUGGGUUGACUCAAAACUGCAUUGCUUAUCUAGUGUGGACCUAGGUGGAGAGGAUAGAAGAACAAUACUAUUGUCACAGAAAUUCCUUACUCAACCACUUGGGAUUGCAAUAUUUGAGGAUCGCAUCUUCUGGAUUGAUGGGGACAGUAAAGCCAUCUAUGGAGCCAAUAAAUUCACAGGAAUGGAUAUAGCAACUUUCGCCUCCAACCUUAAGGAUCCUCAUGAUAUCAUUGCUUACCAUGAGUUAACACAGCCAACAGGCAAUAAGUUGUGCAAUGAGGAUUUACAGAAUGGAGGCUGUGAAUUCCUGUGCCUCCCAGCUCCUCAGCUCACUGUUCAUUCCUCACAAUAUGUCUGUUUGUGUCCUACUGACAUGGAACUUGAGCAGGAUAGACAUCGCUGUAAAAUAGUUAAUGCUACUUGUGGAGCAUUUGACUUCAUGUGCAACAACGGACAAUGUGUGCCUGCAAGGUGGCAGUGUGAUGAGAACGAUGACUGUGGAGAUGGAUCAGAUGAAAGCCCAGAAGUCUGCCAUAUGAAAGGAUGUGGCCUGAAUGAGAUCAGCUGUGGACCUGGAUCGCUCCACUGUAUUCCAGUCUCCUGGAAAUGUGAUGGACAGUCAGAUUGUGACAAUGGCCAUGAUGAAGAGGGCUGUGGCAUUCCUACUUGCAGUCCACUGGAGUUCGCUUGCAUCACUGGUCAAUGCGUCUCCAAGACCUUUGUCUGCAAUGGAAAGGAAGACUGUGCUGAUGGAAGUGAUGAACACCACUGUGCUGCAUAUUCCUGUGGUCCACAUGAGUUUCAGUGCAAUAAUGCAGAGUGCAUCCCAUCAAACUGGGUGUGUGACAACAAUAUUGACUGUUCAGACAAGUCUGAUGAAACUCCAGACCGCUGUGGGCACACCCCUCCCUCUCCUGUAAUUUGCUCCCCCAGUGAGUUCAGAUGUGCUUCAGGAGAAUGCAUCCACUACCAAAUGUAUUGUGAUGGAGAUACUGACUGCAGUGAUGCAAGUGAUGAAACUAAUUGUCCUCGUCGAAAAUGCAGACUUGAUGACUUCAAAUGUGGUGAUGGUAGCUGUAUUGCUGCAAGCCAGAAAUGCAAUAAGUUUAGGGACUGUACCGAUGGCAGUGAUGAAAUGAACUGUACAACUCCUGCAGUCUGUGAAGGGAUCCAUGACUUCCAAUGUCAAAGUGGAGAAUGCAUUGACUUGGCCAAAGUGUGUAACCGACUGCAGGACUGUGCAGACUGGAGUGAUGAACUGCUUGCAGAGUGUGAUAUCGAUGAAUGUCAAAUGGACAAUGGUGGCUGUUCUCACAUCUGCCAGGAUCUUCAUAUUGGUUAUGAAUGUGACUGCCCUGUUGGCUUUCAGUUACUUGAUGAGCUAAUGUGUGAAGAUAUCAAUGAAUGUAGGAAUCCUGGGACCUGCAGUCACAUCUGCAUCAAUCUGAAGGGAAGCUACAAAUGUACAUGUAAUGAAGGCUACCAUAUGGACCCAGCUACAGGGAGUUGCAAGGCAGUAGGAGGAAAAGAGCCCUACUUGAUCUUCACUGAUCACCAUGACAUCAGGAAAAUAGGAGUCUACCACAAAGAAUACAUCACAAUAGUUGAGCAGCAGAGAAGUGCUGUGGCACUAGAUGCUGAUGCUAUAGAACAGAAAAUCUUCUGGUCUGAUGUGGGGAAGAAGGCAAUUUUCAGUUUGUCCAUGGAUAAAACGAAAGCUGCAACUAAUAUUUCCAGAAUUAUCAAGGAUGUUCAAAUGCCUGUGGGAAUUGCUGUAGACUGGGUCUACAAGCACAUCUACUGGACUGAUCGUGGCACUAAAACCAUAUCUGUGGCUACCUUCGAUGGAACCAAAAGGACCACUCUCUUUGACAAAGAUCUGAGUGAACCUGAUUCUAUUGCAGUUGAUCCAAUAAAUGGGUUCAUGUACUGGUCAGAUAAAGGUGAAGUGACAAAAAUUGAAAAAGCAGGAAUGAAUGGUGUUGAUCGCCAAAUUCUAGUUAAAGGUACACCAAAGCCGAAUGGUAUUGCACUUGAUCUCGUAAAGAACCGCCUCUAUUGGGUUGAUGUAAAGCUCCACACGUUGUUUAGUAUAGACCUAAAUGGUAAGGACAGAAGAACUGUACUGGAGUCACAGAAGCUACUUGCUUAUCCUUCUGCUGUUGUAUUAUUGGAGGAUUAUGUCUUCUGGGCUGAUGGAAUUAACAAAGCCAUCUACAGAGCCAACAAAUUCACAGGAGAAUCUGUGGUCGUUUUGGCCUCUCAUCUGAACAACCCUCAAGAUAUCAUUGUUUAUUCUGAGAUUAUUCAGCCAGCAGGCAAAGACUGGUGCAACCAAAAGAUCAAGGAUGGAGGUUGUGAAUACCUAUGUCUUCCUGCUCCUCAAAUUAACAGUCACUCGCCCAAAUAUAUCUGUGCAUGUCCAUCAGAAAUGGAACUCCAAGAGGAUGAACAACACUGCAAAAUAGUAACUCAGUAUAGAAUAAGACCCUCUGCUUUACCUACACUUGCUUCUAAUGACUCCACAAAAGGCAUCCGUUCCAGUCUGCAAACAGUUUUGCCAAGUUCUAAAGAUGUAAAUUCAGGUACCUCUUACAAAGAUGAGAAGCCUGGCAAAGGAGCUGCAGUUGGCUGGUUUAUCCUUGCUAUCCUGCUCUUGGCUGUAGCUUGUAUAGCUGGUUACCUCAAAUGGCAAGACUUGCAAAAGAAGAGCCUGCAGACAAAUAGCUUUGAGAACCCAUUGUUUCAGAAUGAAUAA